AUGCGGAUGGAAGACCUUCAAGGCUUCAUACGAAAGCCUAGGACCGGGCAUAUCCAUUCUGCCAAAGAUGCCACGAGGGCAACCAGGUCCAUUCGAUUCGCGUCAGCGCCCGGCUCAUCUGGCCGUCUGCCAAGGUUUGGCCGACCGGCAAGACACAUGCGACCGUCCAGUUUCGCUGAGCACCCUGAGCCGGGCCCAGAGUAUAACAAUGCGACGAGACCAGCGGCACUGGCCGAGCGACUCUGGAUCGCAGGACAGAUGAGUAGGUUCGACUCGUCAAAAGGGAAAAUGGGAAACUGGCAGGCAGAUGGACUUAUUAGCCAACCUUUAGAUAACCAUCUGAUUCAGGCGUUGCUUUAG